GUGGGGUUUGAGUUCCUUGACCUUAAUUUGAAUUUUCCACCGGAAGUACGUGAGUUUCUUGCUCUUAUUUGACUUGGUACAGGGGAGUAAUUCAGAGAGUUUGAGGCGAGUACCGCUGCCAGGCACCGGAUUUACCAACCACUUCUGACUGUUAGCUCGUUUUUCCCACGGACAGACUUUCCUCUUAACAGCCAGUGACUGCCACACAUACAUUGAGUAAUCCCUCAACAGCAACUCCAUCAGCGGAUGAAUCGGCUUUGUUUUCCGCCUUGUUGAACAGGUUAUGCUGCCCAAAAGCUGUCUGAGUCCCAGUGAGAAAGAGAAGGGCUAAAGCCACACCAGUCCAAGCCAGCUUCCCAGAGCCUGAAGAACAGCAACUUUCCCUGCAGAGCCAUGAGCAACCCCAGCGCACCCGACCAGGUUACAGAUGCUGUUGCAUCAGUUGUUCACAGUCCAGAGUCUUCGGCAGCCUCUUCGCUUCACGGUCACCAACAACGAGGGGAAGAAGAAGAUGAGGGCGACCUGAACAAAGCUUUGGGCGUUCAACGCUUCCAGCACAUUCUCAGCCCUGCAGCCUCUGUACCAGACGAGCUGCUUCACUCCUACCAUGAGGAGGACAUCGAAUACCACCGCCACUACUCUCGUCACAUCCACCGACCUCUGUCCAAACUGCCGACCGAGGGACGAAGGAAGAAAAGCGGCAAGAAAAGGAAAAAGGACAAGGAUAAUAAAAGCAGCCGUGCGCCCUCUAGUGGCCCAAUAGAGGAAGGGGAGGAUGAAGAGGAAGAGGAAGAAGAGAGCAUAGAGGCCAAUUCUGUUUUAUCGGAGUCUGAGAAACCCAGAGAUGUAGAGUUUUUCUUGUCGGAUGAAGACCAAAUGUCGAGAUGUGGCAACUCGACCCGAGACCUGAACAUUUUUCCCCAGUCUCCUGUGAGAGCAGAAGCCAAAGAUGCAUUCAUCUUCGAUAAACCCGACUCGCCCAGCUCCCCGAGCCCCACUUCCCGCUCGGCUUCGCCAGAAAACCCUCCUCUGCCUCGGGUCUCCUCCGCCAGCCGCAGCUACGACCUGCAGGAUCGCCGACGGACGGGCAACAUGACGGGCGCCGAGCAAGCCAAGUACCAGCGCAUCCCCACGGACGAGAGCGAAGCUCUGACGCUGGCCUCCGCCGACCUGGACGGCAUCAAGAGUCAUCGAUUUGAGGAUGUUCCCGGCGUGCGCAGACACCUGGUCAGGAAGAGCACCAAGGGACAGAUGGUGCACAUCGGCAAAGACCACAAAGAGCCGACGACUCGCAGCAAAAAGCAGGACCGCACCCCACACGAGGUGUUUGUGGAGCUGAACGAGCUGACGAUGGACAAGAACCAGGAGAUGCAGUGGAAGGAGACGGCUCGUUGGAUCAAGUUUGAGGAGGACGUCGAGGAGGAAACGGACCGUUGGGGGAAACCGCACGUCGCGUCGCUGUCUUUUCGCAGUCUGCUGGAGCUCAGACGGACCAUCUCCCACGGUGCGGUGCUGCUGGAUUUGGACCAGAAGACUCUGCCAGGUAUCGCCCACCAGGUGGUGGAGCAGAUGAUCAUUUCUGACCAGAUCAAAGCAGAGGACAGAUCCAACGUCCUGCGAGCUCUGCUGCUUAAACACAGUCACCCGAGCGAUGAAAAGGAGCACGUUAGCCAUUUCCCCAGAAACAUCUCAGCAGCCAGCCUCGGCAGCCUUUUACCAUACCACCACACCGCCAACCACAACCAUCAGCUGGAGCCGUCUGUGACCGACCCGCUCAUGGGAACCGUCAACUCCACGGUGGACAAUGACGCUCGCAUCGACAUAGACAGGAACGAGCCACAGCAGAAGGAGCCAUGUCUGGGGCCAGGCAUGCAUCGGUCCAAGUCCAAACACGAGCUGAAGUUGCUGGAGAAGAUUCCGGAAAAUGCUGAGGCCACCGUGGUGCUUGUGGGUUGCGUCGACUUCCUGGAGCAGCCCACCAUGGCGUUUGUGAGGCUCCAAGAGGCGGUGGAACUGGAGUCCGUUCUGGAAGUUCCUGUGCCCGUCAGAUUCCUCUUCGUUCUGCUUGGACCUCCAACCACCAGCAUGGACUACCAUCAGAUUGGACGCUCAAUCUCCACCCUCAUGUCUGACAAGCAAUUUCAUGAGGCAGCUUACCUGGCGGACGACAGGCAGGACCUGCUGAAUGCCAUCAACAACUUCUUGGACUGCAGUAUCGUUCUGCCGCCAUCGGAGAUGGGAGACGACGAGUUGCUUCGCUCUGUUGCUCGCUUCCAGCGAGAAAUGCUCCGUAAGAGGGAAGAACAAGAGCAGGUCAAACUGCUGGCUAAAGAGCCGAAAAGCUUCGAGGAGAAAGAGGCCCUCCUCAAACCUUCAAAACAGUCAGACGACCCCUUGAAGCGCACAAACCGCCCCUUCGGAGGCCUUAUAAGAGACAUUCAGCGUCGAUACCCAAAGUACAUCAGCGACUUCAGCGACGCCUUGAACAGCCAGUGCAUGGCGGCGGUCAUCUUCAUCUACUUUGCUGCUCUCUCUCCAGCUAUCACAUUUGGAGGUUUACUAGGUGAGAAGACAGACGGACUGAUUGGGGUUUCUGAGCUGAUCAUCUCGACAGCGGUCCAGGGCAUCCUGUUCUGCUUACUCGGAGCUCAGCCGUUGCUAGUUGUUGGUUUUUCUGGACCCAUUCUGGUCUUUGAGGAAGCCUUUUAUAGUUUCUGCAAAGCAAACAGCAUGGAGUACCUGACGGGCCGCGUCUGGAUCGGCUUCUGGCUCAUCGUCAUCGUGAUCUUCACGGUGGCCUUCGAAGGCAGCUUCCUGGUGCGCUUCGUCUCCCGCUUCACCCAGGAAAUCUUCUCCUUCCUCAUCUCCCUCAUCUUCAUCUGCGAGACCUUCAUCAAGCUGGGGAGGAUAUUCAAGGAGCACCCGCUGAAACGCUGCUCAAUCAACAGCACCACAGAAGAAGAAGAAAAAGUUGUAGAAGGAAACAUCAUGAUGAGGGAGCACAACGACACUCACAUCUUCACGGUUACCGGGGAGCCCAACACGGCGCUGCUUUCUCUGGUUCUCAUGGCCGGAACGUUCUUCAUUGCUUUUUACCUGCGGAAGUUCAAGAACAGCGCUUUUUUCCCCGGGAGUUGUCGCAGGAUUAUUGGAGACUUCGGAGUCCCCAUUGCGAUCCUGAUCAUGGUUCUGAUGGAUUACAGCAUAGAAGACACUUAUACUCAGAAACUGAGCGUCCCCAGCGGUUUCUCUGUGACGAGUCCCAACAAGCGAGGCUGGAUCAUCAAUCCUCUGGGCUCGGAUGGACAGUUUCCCGUCUGGAUGAUGUUCGCCUGCUGUCUUCCCGCGCUGCUGGUUUUCAUUCUGAUCUUUAUGGAGACGCAGAUCACAACGCUCAUCGUCAGUAAGAAGGAGCGGAUGCUGCUGAAGGGUUCUGGUUUCCACCUGGACCUGCUGCUCAUCGUGGUCCUUGGCGGCAGCUCGGCUCUCUUCGGCCUGCCGUGGAUGGCCGCCGCCACCGUUCGCUCCGUGACCCAUGUCAAUGCCCUGACGGUCAUGAGCACAGCCGUCGCCCCUGGAGACAAGCCUCGCAUCCAGGAGGUGAAGGAGCAGAGGGUCACCGGGCUGCUGGUCGCCAUCAUGGUUGGUCUGUCCAUUGUGAUCGGCGACCUGCUGCGUCAGAUUCCCCUCGCCGUGUUGUUUGGCAUCUUCCUCUACAUGGGGGUGAUGUCGCUCAACGGCAUCCAGCUGACAGAGCGAAUGAUGCUGCUCCUCAUGCCGUCAAAGUAUCACCCUGACCACACCUACGUACGCAAGGUUCGUACGUGGCGCAUGCAUCUCUUCACCUGCAUCCAGAUGGUGUGCUUGGCCGUCCUCUGGGCCGUCAUGUCCACCCAGGCGUCUCUGGCUUUCCCCUUUGUCCUCCUCCUCACCGUCCCCGUCAAGAUGUUCGUGCUGCGUCGCAUCUUCAACGAAAGAGAGAUAGCAUGUCUGGAUGGUGAUGAUGCAGAACCAAAGUUUGACGAGCGCGAUUGUUACGACGAAUACUCCGAGAUGCACAUGCCCGUGUAGCGCCGCUCCCAGGCCUCGCAUCACCACUCAGUCCAACUCCACUCGACACCGAACCCCAUCAGAACCGCUGAUCUCCGGGUCAGAAAAUUGAAAGUAAAGCUUGCUGGAAGAAUCUGGUCAACAACAUCUCUGCUUAGGCGCCUUUUUGUGCUUGAUAGCGACAACAAAAUGAAGAGAUUUAGCUUUAUUUCUUUAUUUUUUCAUGACAUUU